CCCCGCGCAUGCGCGUCGGAGGCCCCGGCGAGGGUUCCGGGUCCCGGGUCCCGGGUCCCGGGCUCGGGUGGGCGCCGGGGUGGAGGGCGAGGCGCAGAGCUGAGAGGAACACAAAGAGCGUGGUGACAUGACAUGGAAACACCUGAUAUUCCAACAAAGGAAGUCGCAGAGGAAGGCUCCCGAUGGAUGAAGGAGGAAAGGCGGUCUAGUGUGUGCAGUAACUGUGUCUUCCUAACACCCACCUGGCGACUGAAUCAUGCCCUCCCCGCUUCCAGGUGAACAUUGUCGAGGCAGGCCCAUCAGGAGCUCUGCCCAUGCCAGGACACACACAGAUAUUGUCCGGCUGACCAUCCAUAAACCUUAAUCGCACAUGGGAGUCACACACAAAAAGAAAGCUCCCUGGGGCGGCUCCCUGUAAAACAGCAGUAAAGUCAGUGUUCUGAAGUGUGGACUGCAGCCCGUCUCUGAUUCGUUGGUCCUCGGAGACAGAGAUGUGAUGGAAUGUGGGGGGAUAAACACUGACUCAGGAAGAAAGGGCAGGCCCAGUUCCUUAGGAGCACCUGACAGCUCAGUUCCGCAGAGCAGGAGCUACAGACAGAGCCGCGGCUGCGGCUGCAGGGCGGUCCUGUCCGCGGACUGAUCAUCACCACGCGGCGCGGAGACCGAGCCACAAAGACCCCUGCAGACGGCCGCCCGGCGGGAACCUUGCCUGGUUCACAAGUUCAGCCGGGAGCGCGCUCGAGUCGACACACCCCUUUCGCUGGAGAGGAGAGCGGGAGGGCGCGAGGGGAGCUGCGUGCGCUUGAAAACCAGUGUGGACACAAGUGAAAUCUGAUCGCGCGCCAGCAGAAGCGUGUGAAGCCAGGAACCCCGGAGGAACGAGCGACCUUGGGCAGCCCGAGUCCGGGCGAAGUCAUGCCGGGCUGCUGAGCGGGGGCGGCAGCCGGAGCGAGCGCUCGCAUGGAGAGCCCGGUGGCCCCCUGCGUCCUCUACCCCGGGGACGGAGCGUGCGGCCAGGCCGGGGGCCGGGGCGGCGCUCCCGAGGCUCCGGGAGAGGGCGGCCUGCAGCCGCCGGACGCGGCCGGGGGGGAGGGCGCUGCGUCCCCGGCGCAGACACCCUGCAGUCUCAGCGCGUCCCUGUGCUUCAGCUCCGGGGACGACUCCCCGCCCUCUUGUCGCCGCGGCCGGCGGGUGGUGCAGAGGCAGUGGGAAGUCGGCAGCGCGGGCGCCGCGUCCCCGGAAGGGCGCGCGUCCCCUGAGGAUCCCGUGUCCCCCGAGGAGGAGCGCACGUCCCCAGAAGGGUCCGCGUCCCCGGAAGAUCCCGUGUCCCCCGUAGAGCGCCCGCCGGCCGAGGAGCCCACGUCCCCGGAAGAGCCCGGGGACCCCGCGCCCGUGCCCCCCGGCGUUGGGCCGGAGCACGGGGAGCCCGACCUGCUCAUCGAGGUGUCGGGCCGCCGGCUGCGGGCGCACAAGGCGGUGCUGGCAGCGCGCAGCGACUACUUCCGCGCGCGCGCGUCGCGGGACGUGCUGCGGGUGCAGGGCGUGGGCUGGGCGGCGCUGCGGCUGCUGCUGGCCUACGCGUACAGCGGGCGCAUGGCGGGCGUGCGGCCCGACAACGUGGCCGACGUGGUGGCCGGCGCGCGCCGCCUACAGCUGCCCUGCGCCGCGCAGCGCGCCACCGAUGCCGUGGCGCCGCAGCUGAGCCUGGCCAACUGCUUCGAGGUGCUGAGCGCGGCCAAGCGGCAGCGGCUGGCCGAGCUGCGCGAGGCCGCCUACCGCUUCAUGAGCGACCACUACCUAGAGGUGCUGCGCGAGCCCGCCGUCUUCGGGCGCCUGUCGGGCGCCGAGCGCGACCUGCUGCUGCGCCGCCGCCUGCGCGCCGGCCGCGCCCGUCUUCUGGCCGCCGCGCUCGGCCCGGCCGGGGAGCGCGCGGGCAGCCGGCCGCAGAGCCCGUCGGGGGACGCGGAGGUCCGAGGCGACGCCGCCGUCUACUGCUUCCACGAGGCGGCCGGCGAGUGGCGCGAGCUGACGCGGCUGCCCGAGGGCGCGCCGGCUAGGGGCUGCGGCCUGUGCGUGCUCUACAACUACCUCUUCGUGGCCGGCGGCGUGGGCCCCGCGGGCCCCGACGGCCGCGCGCGGCCCUCGGACCGGGUCUUCUGCUACAACCCGGCCACCGACCAGUGGAGCGCCGUGCGGCCGCUGCGCCAGGCGCGCUCGCAGCUGCAGCUGCUGGCCCUGGACGGCCACCUGUACGCCGUGGGCGGCGAGUGCCUGCUCAGCGUGGAGCGCUACGACCCGCGCGCCGACCGCUGGGCCGCCGUGGCCCCGCUGCCCCGGGGCGCCUUCGCUGUGGCGCACGAGGCCACCACCUGCAACGGCGAGAUCUACGUGUCCGGGGGCUCGCUCUUCUACCGCCUGCUCAAGUACGACCCGCGGCGCGACGAGUGGCAGGAGUGUCCGUGCAGCAGCAGCCGCGAGCGCUCGGCUGACAUGGUGGCCCUGGACGGCUUCAUCUACCGCUUCGACCUGUGCGGGGGCCGCGGCGAUGCGCCGGGGGCCGGGCCUGCGGGGGGGGUCAGCGUGCUCCGCUACCACUGCCUGGCCAAGCAGUGGAGCCGCUGCGCCUCGCACCUGCGGCCCCCGGGCGCGCCGUCGGGCCUACAGCCCUUCCGCUGCGCCGCGCUGGAUGGCACCAUCUACUGCGUGAGCCGCGCGGGCACCUGGCGCUUCGUGCCGCCCCCGGACGGCGAGCCCGGCGCCGGCGACGCGGGCCCCGAAGGCAGCUUCGAGCUCCAGUCGCUCCGAGCCCCCGCGGACGCCCGGGGCCUGCUCUUCCCGUUCGUGCUCAACCUGCAGGAGGAGAAGCCAGACCGAGGCGAGGAGGGCGCCGCGUAGGGUGGGCCGGGUCACCUGGGCGUGUCCCUCGGCAGCCCUGGGCCAGGGGACGCCCCGUGGGCCGAGGUCCCAACUGGGAAACUGGAAGGGGCGAGGGGAGUGGAGGCGGGGAGGGAGAGAGUCGGGGGUGGGCCCCGGUGGGCCCCGCCCCGCCCACGGGAUCAUUUAAAGGCUUAGAAGGUAGAAGCUUGUCGCGGGGCCUUGAAGACCUUUUGCGAUGCUGUAUUAAGGCCCGCUUCCUAGUCCGCAUUCCUUUUGCUUUGCUUUGCUUUGCUUAAUGGGGUCGAUGGCAAGAUGUAGGAUGUGUGCAGAUAGAUAACCUUACAAAUAAGGUACAAUAUACCUGAGAAAGAAAGAAACAGAAUGAGAGAUGAAGCCUCUGGGUGCAGUGGGUGAGGCCUGGAGUGUACCGGGGUGUACCGUCCUCGGUAUCACUCGCGGGGUGGCUGGGAGGCCAGACCUGAGUUGUGUGGAGUACCAGGUACCGCUGCUUCCUGCACCAUGAGAGGGGACCUCGGGGCCACCUCCCAGAGCUGAGAUCCUAGAUUAGGCCAACGUGAACUAUAUUAGUGGAACGACUGAAAGAAGGUCAUACUUUUUUCGGCUUGAGGUUUAAAAUUAUAACUGAUAUGUAAAGCUUUUAAAUCCUUUCUAACUUAGUUUAAAAGUUCCUGCCACAUGUGUUUAACUUACGGUUGGUUCCACUCCAAAUGUAGUAAGUAUUAAGGGUGAAAUCUUUGAUUCCCAAUAAGAUCUGUCCAGUGAGCACUGGAAGUAUCUCCUCUGUCAUCACAGGGGUCCAGAUAUGGUCAAAGGCCCACACACCUCAAGAGCAGGUCUUUCUCACCGCUUAACUGAGAUGGGUUUAAUAUUUUCAAGUUAAGAGAUGUUAAUACUUAUGUUCAGUGAUGUAGUAACGAUUUGCUCUUAUUUGAGUUUUAAAUCUUUGGCGACUGAAUGUUUUCCAAAGAGCAUGUCAUCAGUAGGAAAAGCUGACAGUGGCCGUGGUGCUUGUCUGCUUUAAAAGGAGCAUUUGGUACCCACCAGGUAUGCUCAGCCACUUUGAUAUUACAUAGUGGGCUCAAAGAGAGUAGUAUUCCCCCCCCCAAAAGAAGGUUAAAAUCCUUUCUUUUUGAGAGUUCUAAAGAAUAGCAUGCAGGCACAGUUGAACCCACUACUUAUGAUGUUUUAAAUAUGAAUUCUGUCAUCCUGAUGAGGGAAAUUCGUUUUUACAAGCAUCAGUCUAAGAAAUUGUGGCAGAGUGACAAUGAACAUAUUCACAUAAGGGGAAAUAACAUAUAUUUAUAACAUAGUUUAGCAAGUAAACUACACUUUUCUAAUUGUGAAUUCCAAAUUACUGUAGUAGAAGUAACGUGAAAUUCAGUACUUUGAUAGGGCACAAGGAUUAAAAACAAAUCAGUUGAUCUUUCCUCAUUUGUUAUAGCAUUUUACUUUCCAAAUAUGUACAGACAGGGCUUACUGUUUAUUAAAAGUUUAAGGAUAAAGUAUACGCUCAUAAAUAGAGGCCAACUGAUUUGGAUUCUGAGUCCAAUCCACUUUUUUUUUAUUACAAUAGGAAAAGUACACAUUGAAAGUUAUUGGCACAUAAGUAGAUGAAGUCAUGUGUACAUUACUAUGAUUUACUCGUGAAUCCAGUGAUGGGAGGUUACCUCUCUCUGUGCCAAUCAGUGGGUAUGUGGGACAUAGGUUGUGCUUUUUAAAGAGUCUGUGGUUAUGAAAGUGAUCAGUUAAGCAUGUUUAGGAAUGAUAGCUUGAAUCAUGCUUGCGCCAGAGCAUGGGAUUUACCGUUUCAGCUGGUGCAUUCUGGUUACUUGUGUGCCUGCCCAUGACUGCUCCUGACCUGAGAGGAUGUUUGGCAACUUGGUCCAUCGUCUUAGGAAAGAAAAACAGGCUUCAGAUUGCCUGACUUCUUUGGCCUUUUGGUAGGAAUAGACUGGAGACAUGGCAGGAGGAAAAGAAUUGAGAUCCAAAAUAAACAAAUAAUGUCCUAAAGACAUGAGCAUUUCAUGUGAUAGUACAUUUUUCUCUAGAAUUUCAUUAUUUAUGGUAAAACUUUUAUAUGAAAUGGAACCAAGCUAAUAUUUUCAUUCCUUCCGUAUCAAACUCGUGAGAUAUUAUCACUGUGAUUUUACUUGAGAAAUCAUUCCUAUGAUGUUUACCGUUUAAAAACAUAAACGCUGAAAGUGGGCUUCCAAAGUAAACUCUCCCCAUAGAAGAUGGGAGACCUAUUAGAUGUCACGUGUGGACAGCCACACGAUAACAUGCCCAGCUGGAGUGUUUGUAUAUUAUUUCAUCUUUUAACUGAAUGAAGAAAUGCCUGGACUAGACAUAGCAUCUCUUUCUGUGGGAGCUGGCCCCGGAGCCCCAGGGAUUUGUCAGGAUGAGAUGCCCGAGGAUGCCGAAGGAUGGGUAGAGGAUUUAGAACCUUACAGACCACACUUCUAAUAGUAAUAUCACUGAGAACAGAUACCAGAGCACCUGGCAUGCUGAGAGGACCAGUUUAAUUUGCUUUUGGAGGCCAGUACCUGGGGUGUAGGGCCAGGAGGGUGGUGCACCAAUUACACCAAUGGAAAAGCCACCCCAUGCAAGAUCCUCGGUUUGGAGGACAGCUAGGGGAGGGGCAGGCCUGGCUGAGACUCCCCUCCAGGUCUGAUCCGUUCCGAGGACGGAUCAUGUCACAUUCAACGUGAUGUGCUAAGUCUGUAUGCAGCUCUAUUUAGAGAAACAGUUGGUGCAAAAAUAUGCCUGCUCUUCGAUCAGUUGAGUCAAACGAAGCUAGUGCAUUUACGACAUCCAUCCAUAAUUCUCAUGAAAUUAAGAAACCCACGCACACUGACAUUUCCAGAUAUUUGAGAGAGCAGUGGCAUUUUAAGGGGAAAGGCUAUAAUUUGGGAAAGCUUGAUCUUUUGGUUAGCUGACAAGCAAUGACUUUUGUAUUGUUAAUCAAGGUUCAUUUGGGAUCCAAAGGAAUGGGGUUAAGACGUCUUCACUUCCUUUCUGUUUUUACCUUCGGUUUGGGGAACAGCCCCAGUGCCGGCAUGGACUCUUGGCAGCUUUAUGGGACUGGAUUUGGAACUCGGUGACUUGAUUACUGAAUCUAUGGCAGCACCAAUCUCCUUUCCUUGAAGAGAAUGGAAGUUCUUUUGCUACUUAAUUAAAACUCCUCCCUUUGUAUCAGUUUUGCUACAAAUACUUAACAUGAAUCACCUGCGGCCAUUCCUGUUAAUUUCUGGUGUCACUUUAGUAAUUCUGGUAGCUGCUGUUUGAUCUGUGGGUCUCUUGGGUAACUUCCUGUGAAAGAUUUUGAAAUGAAAUGUAAUGUUUUUGAGGUCCUUUGCGUUUUCCUGAAGUUAAGAUGGUUUCAGGACAUAAUCUGUUGUAACACCUUCCUGGCGCGAUAUGUAAACAGAAGUGCUCUUUUGUGUUCUGUUUUAUUUUAGAUGCUUUCCUAGCUUACAAAAUGUUUUAUUUUGGUGUUUUUAAAAAAUAUAUCAGUGUUCUUAUUUUUCCCUUUCCUCUGCAAUAUCAUUAUUCAUGGGAAGAUAAUAAGAGCUAAAGAUGGGAAUGUGUCAUCUUCUGGUUGCAUCUGAACGUAUGUCAGCGGCCACGUUCACUACACUUUCCCCCCUUCCAGGAAGGGGCCUGGACCACAGGAGCUGGCAGGGCACUUCGUACCUGCUUGGUGAAUUGGUUUGAGAUGAAUUGAAAUAAAAGCCUAGGUGUGUUCUCAUGUGAGAUGAAAGUUCCUCUGAGGCUUUUGAAAGCUGUAAGCAGUGCUGCAGUGUGGCCGGGUAUUAAAGGCAAACAGGCGUCUUGAAGACACAGUUCAGGCCGGCUGAUGCUUUAUGGAUCAACGCUUCAGUUUCUAGGUCCUGGGUACCAAUUGCGUAAAACCUUGUGCAUCCGUCUGUUUAUCCUGAGAUGAAAUAAAUCACUGGGCCAUGCCAGUGCUCCUGAAA